UUUUGAUGUAAAAUAAGUCCCGCGCAGUGAUAUUGUAUACAAAUGUCAAGGAAGAAACAAUAUGGCGGAUAAGUACUUGACGUGCUUCGAAAACAUGAUUAAGUGGAUUCGUUAUAUUUAAAACAGCCAAACAUGGAAUCUGUUUCACGGAACUGUACCCGUUUCACCAGACUGACCUGAAUCACAAGAAGAAGCAGACAGUGGCGCCACCUAGUGUCUGAACCGAAGCUGUGUGUGUACCGCUGUCAGCGUGGAUGACCUCACUCACAGAUGGCGACAGGGUUAUAAAAUAGUCACCUGAAUGGAUAUAUGAUUUGCCGUUGAGAUGUCGAAAGCCAUUGACCAGUCUGACGAGGAUCGCGUGGUGAGCAGCAGUAGCAGCAGCUCAGACAGUGAGAGCGAUGUGGAGGAGGUAGCCGACUGCGUGACUGAUGUGAGCAGCUCGCAGGAGCUGACGUUAGUCGACGUCGAGUCAACGCUGCUCGUCCAACCACACACAGAGGAAGAUGAUGAGGGAGAACCAGACAUGUUUGACGAGGGUGAAGGGGAAGGAGAGACUGACAUUCAGAGUACUCUCGAAACUCCUGAACCAGUCCCUAAAAGAGAUCUCACGCCAGACAAGAAAAAGAAGAAAAAGAAGAAGAAAAAGUGGAUUUACAUUUGUCUAACAAACUGCAAGUAUGAUGUUGUACGGAGAGUGUCUCGACGGUUUGGUUUUCGUGAAGUGUCUGAUGAUGAAGACUGGACUCUGUACUGGACAGAUUACUCCGUGGCUCUCGAACGAGUCAUGGACAUGAAGAAAUAUCAGAAAAUAAACCACUUUCCUGGAAUGAAUGAAAUUUGUCGGAAGGAUCUUCUUGCCCGCAACCUCAACAGAAUGUAUAAAGUCUUUCCUAAGGACUACAAUGUCUUCCCUAAAACAUGGUGCCUUCCUGCUGAUUACGGAGAUUUUCAAGCAUAUACAAGACAGAAGAAGAAUAAGACGUACAUACUGAAACCCGAGUCUGGAUGUCAAGGUCGGGGGAUCUGGGUCACAAAGAAUCCCCGUGAAAUCAAGCCACAUGAACAUAUGAUCUGCCAAGUUUAUGUCACCAAGCCUUUUCUAAUUGAUGGCUUUAAGUUUGACUUGAGAAUCUACGUGCUGAUCACAUCGUGCGACCCUCUCCGGAUAUUUGUCUUCAAGGACGGACUUGCCAGAUUCGCCACAACUAAAUACUACGAGCCCACUCACAACAACACAGACAAUGUUUACAUGCACCUGACAAACUAUGCUAUCAACAAACACAGUUCAGACUUCGUACGAGAUGAUGAAGCUGGAAGUAAACGGAGAAUCACCACAGUGAACAAAUACUUGCAAGACAAAGGCUUCAACGUUGAGAAGAUGUGGAGCGACAUCGAUGACGUCAUUGUAAAGACGUGCAUCUCGGCACACUCCGUACUGAAACACAACUACCGCACCUGCUUCCCGAACCACGUCAAGGGCAGCGCCUGCUUCGAGAUUCUUGGCAUCGACAUUCUGCUUGACAAGAAGAUGAGACCAUACAUUCUGGAGGUGAAUCACUCUCCGAGUUUCGCAACUGACGCUGACUUAGAUCGAGAUAUUAAGGGGACACUGAUAUGGGACACACUCAAUCUGGUGAACUUCGGUGCAUGUGAUCGACGGCGGUGCAUCGACGAAGAGAGGAGGAGAAUAAAGGACAGGCUGAUGGGGAAAUACUCAAAAAAAGAGACAAAAGAGGAGUUUGAGCAAGCACAAAGCCAGUUCUUGGAGCAGCAAGAACGGUACGAGAAUUCACAUAUGGGCAACUUCCGGCGCAUUUAUCCCAUGCCAGGCUUCGAAAAAUACGAAAAGUUUUUCCACACCAGUGGAACGCUCUUCCAGGAAACUGCAGCAUUUCGAGCGCGGACCGAGAUGGCCAGGCAACAACGUGAGGAACUGAGUCGUAAGAAAGAGAAGUCUGAGUCGUUGAAGCAGGGCCGGAAGAAGGACGGCCUGCUGCGUCCCGAGAGUCCGAACAGUCGGAAACGACGCGCACUCAGUCGGACCUGUCUGCCAUCGAGAAUGUUUAAUGGAACUCGCACAAACCACGAGAGUCCCAUCAACGAGGAGCCGAUUGACACGACGAAACCCGUCGACAUUCGCGAGGAAGAGGAACUGGAACGCAUUAGCGGCUUGCUGCAGCGCGACAACCUCGUGCGCGGUCUCGGCAUCGUGGAGCACGUGUAUCGACUGCUGCACUGCACACCCGGCACCAUGGGCUCCGGUAGACCCGACCCACGGACCAUCCCACCAGCUGAAUCCAAGGGCCGGCCAUUUCGUAGUCUGAACUUUCAGGAUCCCUACCUUGGUGGCCGAUCAUCUUGCACCCGCAUUAAAGAUCGCCAGUAUUACAAAACUCUGUUGGACCGAUAUUUCGGUGGCAAUCAUGCCCUAUCGAAUGACAGUGUCACGUUAAAGUACGAGCACCGAUGUCUGCACCGCAACUUGCACUCGGGGCCCGGCAGUACCAUUCUGUAUCCGUGUGUGUCCCAGGACAGUACGAGACAGGUCCCCAACCUUUACUUGUCGCACGUUUCGGCACAAAAUAAAAACGCCCCAGAACGUCAUAGUAAGACAAAAGAAGCCGGCGAAGCAGAGAGAAAACAAUUGUCGCGGAAAACAUUAGCUAAUGCUCGAGGCACCCAGUCAUCUGUGGUACCAGACACCGAGUAUCGCAACUUGGUGGAUACCGAGGCAGAAAGAAACCGGCUGCUGGCCAGGAGUGGGUAUAAUCUCGACUGGAAGUCUGAUGCCACAACUCCAUCACUAAAGGCCAGGGGACUUAGUGCCCACGGACAGAGGAAGGAAUCGGAUCUGAUGGUCACCAAGUUUCAUCCUCAGCCGAUGGUGCACGGUUUGUCAGUUGUGUCUGCACCGGCCCCGGUUGUACAACGGCCCGAGCUGCAGCGGCCCAACGGGAUGAACAAUUCAGGAAACACUCUGAGCCGACUCACUUCCCACCUGUCAGUGAAGUCAGAGGCUCUUAACAGUCACCGGUCGACCAAGUCUCAACGAAUUCGCGGAGCUUCGAACAAUAUGAGAAUUAGACAGCUGGAAAUGAGGGAGAACCAUGCAUUCGUCUACAGUUGAUAAAAUAUGUAAUGUUGCUAUUGGAAACGUGUCCUUGACAACAUAGUGCAACUGUGUUGUUACAAGAAUAAGAGGUCCUUAGCAGCUUAGGGCUAACUAAGAGGAACUAAUAAUUGGUAACAAAGAACAACUGUGUUGUUUUAGGAACAAGUAUUUAGCAACAGUCUACAGCUGUGUUGUUAUAGGAACAAGUCUAUAGCAACUGUGUCCAACUUUUUGUUUUGGGAACAAUUUAAACCUGGCAGCAGUGGUUGUCAGUUUGUGUUCAAUAACAGUUUUUUAGAUUGGUGACAUUCUGCUUUAUGAUUAGAAGAAUUCUAACGGUUGACAACACAGGAUGUGUUUGUGUGUAAUGAUGUGCCUUGAGACAUUCUAUUUUUAAAAAAAACAAAUCGAAGAAUAAUUUUCGUACUCUUGGAAUGCAAAAAAAAGCCAUACGGGAAAAUAAAUACCUUUAUUUCAGGUGGAUUUGUUACUGUGGUGAACGAGAGUUGUAUUAGUUUUUCAGGUGCCAUUUAACAAGAAUUAAAGAAACAAACUGUUUCAGUACAUUUGGCAGGGAUCACAACAGUGUAACAGAUAUAAAGAUAUUUUAGAUUUUACAAUUUAUAGUUUGUAAAGAUUGCUUUAAAGUUUGUGACAUUUUUGUUUAAAUAUGUAACAAAGAUUAUUAAAUAUAUUUAACUAUUUAUAAGGUGAUAUAAUGAAUAAAGUCAUAUUUAUUAAAA